AUGACAUUCAAGAAAGUCGUUCUUGCUGGUGCAUCUGGCAAUCUUGGCGCCCGGAUUCUCCGAAACCUUCUGGAAUCCGCCGAUCUCGUCUUCCAGGUAACUGUUCUCACACGGUCGAAGACAAACGGAGCAGAGAGCUUUCUGUCAUCAGCCGGACUUCCUCUGUCGUCACCAAACAAGCCUUCAGUUGUCUCAGUCGAGUACAAUGACCAUCCAGCUUUGGUACAAAGCCUCAAGGGUCACGAUGUACUUAUUGCUGCUCUAGCGGGGAGUAUUGCUAUGCAAGUUGAUCCCUUACUUUUAUCAGCGGCUCAAGAAGCCUCUGUAAGACGCAUUAUUCCCUCCCAGUACACUCUGGACAUGCUACACCCCGCGGCGCAGGCGCUUUUUCAAGAUGAAUGGCCCGAUGCCUACCCAUUCGUGCUUGCACAACGAUACAAAAUGCUCGCAGAGGCUGGUAACCCUACUAGCUACACGGGCAUCCUAACAAGCAUGUUUCUUGAUGUGUUCCUGGAGACCGCUCUGUUUGGAGCCUACGACAUACGGGGUCGAAAAUCGACUCUGGUUGACGACGGCGAUGCCUUUUUCACUGCUUGCUCAACCGACUUUAUCGCCGCAUCAGUGAUUGCUGUGCUGAAGCUGCCUGAAGAAGCUACGAAGAAUAAACGGAUUCCAAUUGCUGAGGUGAGGACGACAGGCAACGAGUUGGUCAAAGCCAUCGACGAAGUAUUCGGUAUCGAGAUGAAUGUGCAGUAUAAAAGCAGUGAUCAGAUGAGCAGAGAAAGGAGAAUCGCAUUGGCGGCGGGCAACGCAAGGGCGGCGUAUGCAUUGACAGUGGCAAAGCUGGCUGGAGAUGGCUCGGGGCCAGGUGACCUCAUUGAUGGACUAGAAUUUGACGCUGACGGAGCUUUGGCUUUCCAAAGAAAGCCUCUCAAAGAGCUCAUCCUCCUGAUCAAACAGCGAAUGCUACAGGUCUGA